AUGUCAAGCCUUUUCCAGUUGUUCUGGCUUUCUCAAUGGAGUAGAUAUAUCACUCAUUCAAACUCAAAUCCAGGAUAUCCUUUACUUUUUCAUGGCGACUCACCUUUGAUUUGGAUUAAUAGAUUGAGAGAAUCGUUUUCAAAGAAAAAAGAUCAUUUCUGGCUUCCAUUAUUGCAAGUAUAUGGAAGGUCAAUUGCAAAUGCUUUGUUUUUGAAGCUUAUUUUCUUAUUUUCUUGUUGUUUGUGUUCAAUUGUUUUUACUCAAACAGUCUCAAAUCAUCAAGGCAUUGGAACUUUGAAUUCCUGUAUUUUUCUUGUCUCAGCUUAUUUAUUAAAGUCAGUGAUAGACGCACAUGCAAGACUUUACCUUGCAAGAGUCACAAUGAGACUUGAAUCAGGUCUGACUGGAGUAAUCUUUUAUAGGCUUUUAUCUGCACGUGGGCCCGAAAAGCCAAGAGAGCGGGAAUCAGAUGAAAUCUCUCUAAGUGUUGAUUUGAAUGAGAUUUCUAGUAAGAUUCGAUUUGGAAUAGAAGAGGAUGAAGACUCAUUAUCUAAUAAUAAGGAAUUUAAGAUUUGCAAAGAUAUUUUAAACUCUUCAAAAAUUAAGAGCGAACCAGAGAAAAUAACUUAUAGCAAAUCUCUUAAAUAUCUCCUUGCAGAACCAGAUGUAUUUAGUAUGUUAGUUGGUGAUAUAUCAGCAGUUCAACUAUUCUUAAAUUCGUUAAUAGACUGCAUUCUUCUACCAGUGAAUAUCUGGAUAACCUGGAAAUUACUUUCUAAACAAGUCGGCCUCGUAGCAGCUUUACCUGGAAUUGUUACAUUUUUAUUCUUUUUUAUCUCAAGCUUUGGCUUUCAAGUACUUGGGACUAUUUACAAGGCACCAUUCAUGGAGUAUCGUGACAAAAGACUCUCGGUUUGCCAUGAUAUUCUUGGAAUACUUCGAGUAAUCAGAAUUAUGGGAGCAGAGGAUCUAGCUUUUGAGAAAAUUAUGAAAAGUAGAAACACAGAAACUGCUUUAAACCGUAAGCGUCUUGUUAGAACUCAGUUUGGGAGUUUUCUUGAAUACCACACUCAAAGAGCCACUCAGUUAAUUGUAUUCAUUAUCUUCUACCUUUUUAUUGGAACCUCCUUGGAUCUUCCUUCUGCUCUUGCUUCAAUCCAUAUACUCCACUCACUUGCCUCACCUCUUAGAGGAAUUCCUGUUACUUUUAUUGAAGGCCUUAUUUCGCUUUUGAGAAUUCGAACAUUCAUUUCUUCCCACUCUGAUAAUUAUUUUGAAUAUUUUGCAGAAGACGAUGAUAACAGUACUAAUUGUGAAUUUACUGGAGCAAUUGACUUUUCGAAUUCAAAGAUUUCGGACCAAAAAAGAGAAAGCAAGUCUUCUAAUAAGUUGAUAUGCUUUAAGUCAUUUUGCAAGUCUCCUAGCUACCAAUCAGUGAAUGACCAGUACCCGGAUAAUCCCAAUAACUCUUUUAUUUCUGAUUGCCACCGAAUUAUCAAAUCUCACUUCUGUUUCUCAGAAAAUUCAGCCAAUAAUUUGGGAAGAUGUAUCAUUUUCACGGGCUCCUCUGGAUGUGGUAAAACUUCUGUCAUUAACUCUAUUCUUGAAUGUAAAGACAAUGAUCUCUGCUAUGCCUAUUCCAGCCAAACAUCCUGGAUUCCUCAGGGAACAGUAAGAUCUGCCAUCUUAUUUGGCAAGCCUUGGAAUGAAGAACUCUACAUGCUUGUUACUGACAUUUGCCAGCUACAACAUGAUUUCCAAUCUUGGAAGGAUGGGGACCUCAGGGUUAUUGAUGAGGGAGGUUCCUCACUCAGUGGAGGGCAAAAAACCAGAGUAGCUUUGGCUAGGUGCCUUUACCACCAAAGUGAGGCUGCAAUAUUUCUGUUUGAUGAUAUUUUCCUUAAUCUGGACCCCAAUGUGGGGUCCAAAAUAUUCUCCAGGCUCUUUGGAUAUAAAGGAUUCCUCAAUAGCCCAUAUUCUAGAACCGUUCUUUCUAUAGACCUUACCACCCUUUUAUACUUUAUCAAUGACGAAACCGAGAAUAACUUAACUAACCUGCAAAUCGUGCAUCUAAAUAAUCACGAUAUAUUUUUCUCGGGCUCACUUGUGGAGUACCAAGCUUUAAUUAAUAAUUCCAGACCCAACCUCAACAAUUCACUUGAAAAUAAUUUUGUGUGUAAUAGUGAUGUGGAAGGUGAAAUUAUUUCGCCGGUAUGUAUGCAAAGAAACAGUUGCAUGCAAGAAAAUUUGCACGAGUCCACAUGUAACCAAAGUUUAGCGCCAAAUGAUUCAAAUAUAAUAAAUUUAGAACUUCACAUGACGUCAGAGCCAAAGUUGGUGGACAAGUCUGAUGCCAAAAAUGAGGAGUUGGAGGUAAUACACCGAAUUAACCACCAUAUAUCUGCUCUACAUAGCAAGAAUAUAAACAUAGAGAGUUUUCAUUCAAUAAUUGGAACAACCCCUACAUCAUCUAAAACAUGUGCCACACCUUCAACUUUAAACAACGAGAUUCCAUUAUCACUGACUUCCAAUAAAACAUUUUACAAGCCAGUAAACCUACCGGCAGAUUUACUCCUUGAAACUGAAAUAAACACUGGGAAAAGAAACACUCUUGAAAUUUACUGGUGGUAUUUUUCUUUGGUUGGGCGUACCUGGUGUAUAAUACUACUUAUUUCUUGUAUACUCAAAUCAAUUUUUGACCGCUACUCCGAUACAUUUAUAAGUUAUAAUGAUUCCAAUAACAAUCCAAACUUUAUCUGGAUUUACACAUUUAUUGUACUUUUCCAGGGAGUUCUUUGUGCCCUACUUUUUGUUGGGGAAGCUAUUGGGGGUGUAAAGGCCUCCAAUAUUGUCCACAACAACUUAAUACACCAGAUUCUAUUUUCUCCGUUUUGGUUUUCUGACUCAACCCCCACCUCUUAUCUCAUGAAUAGACUCAGUACAGAUAUGUUGGUAAUGGAUGAGAGCCCUCUCAAGAAAAUUGCUUCAGUAAUUGUUCCAUCAAUUGAUUUCUUGAUACAAAUAUCAAUAUUAAGCUAUGCAGUACCGUAUUCAUUACCAAUUAUAUUAAUGGUUACUUAUAUGACAUAUAAAAUAGUUUGUCAGCGUUAUAUUUCUACUUACAUUAGAGCACAAAAAGUUGCUCUUUCCGUUCUUUCUCCAAUGUAUGGCCUCUUUUCACAGCUCAUUAAUGGUAUUGUGGUCAUUCAUGCCUUUAAUGCACAGGGGCACCUUCUUAACCAGUUUCUUAUCCAGAUUGAGCAUCUUCAACGAAUAGAACUUCUUCAACACAUUGCAAGUCAGUGGGCAGCUAUCAGACUUCAACUAUAUACUCUCCCUUUAGUUAUUUUUAUACUAUUUACACCGGUUGAAAGUAACUGGAGGUAUCUUGCCUUACUAUACUCUUUACUUAUCUCAGACACCACAAGCGUAAUUACAUAUAGAUUUGCGUCUAUGGAGAGAGAUAUGUGUAGUUUUGAGAGGAUUUUCACUCUUAUAUCUAAUAAAUCCAGACAAGGUACCGAAACUGGUAGUGACAAUAUAAGUUUGAAUGGGAAUAACAAAACUACUAUUGCUAAUUCUAUUAAGUCAUUCAUUAUUAGCAAAAAAGAAAAGAAUUUUAACCAUACUGUUUACACCAAUAUACAGAAUCAGGUUACCAGCAGUAAUAAUAAUUAUAAUACUCACAAGAGAUUUGACUCAAUAGAAAUUCAAGAAAUUAAUGAUGAUUUGUUCUUCGUUGUAGAUUAUAGAUUCAAUAACUUUGGUAAUAAGAAGAUUACUUUAGAAAAUGAAAACGUGGGACACAAGCUUCUCAAUGAGACCUUUAAAUCAGAUUUAAAGCGUACAGGAGUUAAGAUUGUGGAUCUAGAGGUAGGAUAUAGUGACAUUAUGGGUAAAUCUUACAGUGUAGUUUUGGAUGGAAUAAAUGUUAAUAUCCAGCCUUUUGAAAAAAUUGGUAUUGUGGGGAGAACAGGGUCUGGAAAGUCUACUCUAAUCUUGGCUCUGCUUGGUCUGGUUGAAUAUAGUAAAGGGCAAAUUCUUCUGGAUGAAAUUCCUAUUUCUAUUCUUUCUAUUAAGGAGAGAAGAAGAAUUAUUGGGGUUCUUCCCCAAAUGCCUUUGUUACUGAAAGGAUGGACCAUCAGAGACUUUCUAGACCCAUAUGAGGAAUUCACUGACUAUGAAAUUUCCUUAGGACUAGAUGAGUGCUUGCUUGAUCCAGCCUUUAUUAUUCAAAUAAAAAAUAAUUUGUAUGUUAAUGCAGGAUCUUUAACAGGAUCACAACUCAGGUACCUUUCUAUAGCUAAGCUGGUAAUACAUUCAAAACAAUACAGAAUGAUUCUUAUUGACGAACCUCCCCCAAAUAAUACAGGAGAUCAAGGACUACAACAAAACAUAAGUAAAGUACUAGCCACUCAUUUCAAGCAUUGCAAUAUUUUCAUAGUUGCUCAUCAUGCAGAGUCUAUUAAAGACUGUGACAAUGUUUGGGUUCUAGCUCAACAAAAAAUUGUCAAGUCAAUACAUCCCAAAAGUAUCCCCACGCAGAAUGAACUGGCUCAAAUCUUAACAAACUACGAAUAG